AUACUUUAUCCCAACGGGAUGGGACGGAGCGCUCAAAGCGAAAAGGAAAGAAAAAACCCACGCACAGGCAUCGCGGCGGCGCGUCCACGGUCCAGGAACUCCCAGGCCCAAGGAUGAGGGAAAGCCCCCCGCCGCCGUUGGAACCUUGGGUUCUCAUUCAGACCCCACCGAACCACAACCGCGCCUCGGGGGGCUCUGGGAUGUCUAUGGGACUCUGCCACUCUGGUUGGCCCGGGUCUCGGGGAUGGAUGGGUCCGGCGGUUGUGGGUCUCUUCUCUCCCCGGAACCCCCGCCCACACCUAAUGUGCCCUUACCCAGAAGCUCAAGCACGUCCAAGGGGACGAACCAAAGAGGAGAGAGAGAAGAGAGAGAGAGGGGGCCAAGCAGCCCAAGGAUCGUUGUGUACGGAGGAGCAGACAGUAGUAAUCCCUAUCUACGGAUUUCUCCACCCAGAGAACCAAAUCGUAAUAUCCAACCAUCAUAUCUGGGUCAGUUCUGUGCGAUCACAAGGAUCCGGUUCGACAGGUCAGGGACCGGGUGGAGGACGAGAGCGAUUCUUCAGUCCACCAAACCGUCGGUUUCCAAAUCACUCACGGAUGGGGCAUCGAUUCCCCCUCGAUAGAAUUGAAGAAGCCGUCCAAGGUGGGGUCGGAGACGGACAUCAGUCCGGACGCUUUCGCUCGUGCUCUUUCAGCAUAUCUCAAGGCGUUGAAGAGGAGCAGGAGAGCUGUGGCAGCAUUACCAGUCUUGCCAAUCUAGGUAGGUUACACACACAUCUAAUAGGGCAGGUCUACAUUUCCGUACCUCAACUUCAAAAGACGCAAAAACAGCGAAUCCCUCCGCCUCCGAGAAGUCCGAUGCCGAACCAACGAAAGUUGCGUGACCGGGGUAUAAAUCCAUCUCGAACCAUUCGCGCGGUAUUUCCCAGCGAGGGGGGGAGAGCGGAGUAUUCGUACCGUUCGUAUGGGUCGAGAAACUCGAGAACCUCCCCUUUCGUCUCCCAACCACACUCCAUCUAUCUAUACAGAUGAGACCAUUGACCAUUGGCCAUUCAACAUUGACACCAGGAAGCUGCGAGGGGAGAAAAG